GCCGGGGCGGGGCUGCGGGGCGGUGGCGGGCUGGCGGCGGCUCGGGCGGCGGGAUGGGGCGGAGGGCGCAGCCCGGCGGGCAGCCUGCCCCGCCGCCCCGGCGCCCGGCUCCCUGAGGCACCUCGGCCCGCCGCUGGAAAUGAACCCAGGAAGUAAUGUGAAGGACCAUGUGAAGUUCUGUCUUAGCAGAAAUUUGCUAAAAGAUUGUUUUACCUAGCUGAGCUUGGCAAAGCAAGGAUAUGAACAAUUAUACAGAUUUCUGUAGUUCCAGCGCGGGAGACUGCCAGCAAUGGGAGAAGUUCAAUGGGCAGAAACAAAGAGAAGAGCAAGGAAGUCGAGAAUUUCAGAAAUUGAGAAGGGAUAAGUGGAAGGAGAAAAUGUUGGGCUGGUGCCAAGCGAUAGCUCGUAACCCUCACAGACUUCCAAACAGCACAAGAACACCCGAGGUCUCAGGUGAUGCUUCACAUAACUCUACUUUGAAUGACAAAUCCCCAGGGCGUUCCACGAGUCGAUCAAGUAACAUUUCAAAGGCAAGCAGUCCUACAACAGGAACAGCUCCCAGGAGUCAGUCACGGUUGUCUGUCUGCCCUUCCACUCAGGACAUUUGUAGAUCUACUACCUUGCAUGAUUUGUCAGAAGAUGAGCUUGAACAUACAACUCCUGUCAUGGUGCUGACCCCUUCUAAUAGGGAGUCUGGUAAGAAACAAGUAAAACGAAGGUUUAGGCGGAAAAGAGAGACUGGAAACAAUGGUGAGCAUACAGAAAAGCAAGGAAAGGGGAGAGACUGUAAAUUGCAUCCUGAGCCUGCGAGAUCGAGCUGGAAUGCAUCCGAUUCGUCAUCAUCUUCGGAUGAGAGUCAGUGGGCUCAGGCUAGGAGGAGAGCAAGAGAAAAGGCAAGAAUGCCCAGGAGGGGAAAAAGGAGCAAUAGAUCAUGCAGUAACCAGGAUGGGCCCUCAAACAAUAAUGCUGUUGAACUUGUCUCCUUGGGGACAAUGGGGGAAAAGAAGCAAGAGUUAUCUGACCCUGAGAAUCCCACUUUAAAUCACCGCCGAAGAAGGGUUCCAAGGCUUAAGGAAUCGCAGUCUUCAGCAUCAUCUCAGGAAGCACGGAUUUCCGCAAGAAAAUGUGGGAAAAGCAAAGGGAAAAGCUACUACAGAGAUCGGCAGCCUGCGUCUUUCCUUAGACACAAUAAAGAUACGAAGGACUGCUUUGCAGAGGCAGGCUCCGGCAGUGAUGCUCUGGCAGUCCCAGAUAACGGAGCUCCUGCUGGGGCAGGGCCCAGUGUGACUGAUGCUGUUCAGAAGCCUCCAGUGUUGUAUGAUGACUGGUCUGAUGAUUUAGAAGUAUGCAGGAUCUGUCACUGUGAGGGAGAUGAUGAAAGUCCCCUCAUCACACCGUGUCGCUGCACAGGGACCCUGCGCUUUGUUCACCAGGCCUGUCUGCACCAGUGGAUUAAGAGCUCAGACACACGCUGCUGUGAACUCUGCAAGUACGACUUUAUAAUGGAGACCAAGCUCAAACCUCUUCGGAAGUGGGAGAAAUUACAGAUGACAACAAGUGAGAGGAGGAAAAUAGUUUGUUCGGUCACAUUCCACGUAAUUGCAAUUACCUGUGUCGUUUGGUCAUUGUACGUUUUAAUCGACAGAACCGCUGAGGAAAUUAAACAAGGCAAUGACAAUGGUGUCCUUGAGUGGCCAUUUUGGACCAAACUCGUUGUGGUGGCCAUUGGAUUCACGGGGGGCCUGGUCUUCAUGUACGUGCAGUGUAAGGUUUAUGUUCAGCUGUGGCGCCGGUUGAAAGCCUACAACAGAGUGAUCUUUGUUCAGAACUGCCCAGACACCGCCAAAAAACUGGAGGAGAGGAACUCUUCGUGCACUCAGACCUCGGACGUCAAGGACGCGGUGGUGGUGCCAGUAGCACAGACAGGUACAAACUCUCAGCCGGCAGCUGAAGAAACGACGCCUGAGGUGAUGCCAGUUUGACAGAGACCGCGUCAUUUCUUCCUUGCAGAGUAAGGCGUAGUGUUUUCUACACUACAAAUGCUAAAAGAGAGUUGAAAUGACUGUGCAUUUUUUUUUUCAGUUAAAAAAAAAAAAAAACAACAAAAAAACCCACACAAAAAACAAAUCCCUGUAAGGAAAACGGAUCCGGCAAAGCAACUUGUUACUGUAUGGAAUGUGACCGUUCGUGAAGUAGUUUCGCAACUAGUCAGCAAGUGUAGUGAAAGUGGAAGUGUAGAAAGUGCAAUAGAGAACAGGUUUAACAGACAAUGCCAAACCCAUGGGACAAGACUAUUCUUUUUUUUUCUUUUUUAAAUUGAAUGGCUGGGAAAGUAGAAACAGACCUGAUGAUAUAAUCAUUUGGUUUACAGAAAACGAAAACCUUUCAUCUGUUUACUACUAAAAGUUGUAUUUGCUAUUUAUCUCCUUGAAGAUACGCUUCAAAAGGGUACCAAUGAAGUUAUAUGCAUUAACUGAAUUGAGGUACAAAGAGCCGUACCACAGCACUCCCCCUCCAAGCCUCAUACGGUCGCACGCGUUCAUGGGACUGCAGUGGAGCCCGAAUGUCUGGGCAGCUGUGGCAGCUAAGGAUAUUUGAAACAUCCGAAAGGUAGCAUUGUUUUUAAAUAUGCCUGAAUUUUUGAACCGUAAGCAAUUCCAACCAGUAGAAACUCAUGUCUCCAUAAGCUACAGCUAUUUUUUUUUUAAGUAUACCUGUCAGCAAAGUAAAUACAGGAAGGAGAGAAUGUGUAGAUACAUAUUUAGCAGAGCAGCUCAGCUGUUUGUUUUACUUUGUAAAAGUGGAUUGGUCGUAAAUUGGAGACACAAAAUUUUGAAGUAAGAACAAUAAAUGAAAAAAUGCAGUUUACCGCAGAAUCACACAACAGUAAAUUGCGUAUUAUCAAAGGUCUGAAAAAGGAUGUCACAUAGGGAAGAUGGAAGCCAUUUUUGGUUUUAUUUUUUUAGUCAUGAUACAGAAAGGUAGACAUAAGAGAAUAUACCUACAUCUCUUAAGAAAACAUUAGUUUUUCUCUCCUCAUUCCGAAAAGUUAGUUUCUAUCUUCCUGAUUGGAAAAAUAAAUCAAGUUUCCCUUUGUAUAGGUAAACUUGAGGUGUUAGAGAUUCGACAGUUCAGUUGUUAACUUCGUGUUUUGAGCAUUCUCAUAUAAAAAUGAAGUGUGAAUAGCAUUAAAGGGUGCAAUAGAUAAAUGAAUGUAGAUAUAAUACUGUGUCCAACAGGGUGAAUUUAUAUAUAAAGAACCAGUUUUGUGAUUCACUUCUCAUACCUGUGACGUUUACCAUCAGGACACAACAGCAAGUAUUGACUUCGAGUAGUUAUGUACUGGCGGGGGACAAGUUUGGCGCCUGAGUGUAAUGUAUAUUUAAAAAAAAACAACUUAAAAGUUCUUUUUUGAUCUUGUAUUUAGGUAAAGGAGGAAAAGCAAACAAGCAAAGAACCAGAGCAAAGAGGAUAGGAGAGCAGAGGUUGAUUCAAAGGGGGAAAUCUGCCACAGUUACAGGUGAACUACACUUCUACAGAAGCCUUGCAGUUUCUAGUGGUAAAUUUCCUCUUUACACGCUCAAAUAUCUACAAUUAAAUAACAGGAUCGUCCCAUUCUUGCAAACAUCCAGGGUGCUGGGCCUAAGAUGUAUUGGAGUUUAUAUAAUAGGCAUUCCUUUGUGAAUGUUUCUACUGGCUUAAGGCUCAGGGCAUACUGGAAGUAGCAGUAUUAGCAAGAAAUGUGUCUUUUAUCAGACCAUUAUGUUCUUUUGUAUUGGAAUUGCUCAUGUAAUUUGGCUGUGACUAAGUGACUGUCAUCUGGCCAGACAGGACGCAAAAUCUUGGUGCUUGAACAGGCCCUAAAUACAUAUUAAUAUUUGCUCUAAGUUACUCCAGGUUAGUUGAAUUGAUGUUUUAAGUUUUUUCACAUAAUGACAUGCACUUUUCAUAUAAAAUAGAUUUCCAAUUAUACAAUUGCAAAUUGGAACUGUAGCAACCUGUCAUUUGAAAUGACAUACAAGAGUAACCAAAUAAUUUCUGUUUGUAAUUGUGGAAGAGACUUCAGAAGGACUUCAGAAGGUCUUCAGAAAACGAUGCCAGUACUAAGGAACGCCUUGCAACUGCACUCGUUUAAGAUAGUCUGCAAAGGCGUGGUUUUCAAAAAGUGUAAAUCUACUUGAUAAAAAGUAAAUCUCAUGAAAUCUGAAGUUAAGACACUUAAAAUUACUAGCAGCAUCUAAAUGUUUGGGAUGAUGUUUACAGUAAAACCUGAUGAAUCAGAGCAAAAUUCACUGACAUUCCAUUGUUGUGGAAGAUAAUGAAGAGCUUUCUGAAAUAAUCAGGAAGUUUCUUACCAAGUGACAGUAACCCUGCUUCUUUAGCCAGCUUGUUCUUCGACCUGCUGUAGCAUCGUGACCCCAGUGAGAAGACUUAAUCCCCAGUUUACUGGAGACUAAUUCACAUCAUUUUUUUCUUGAAUAAGUAUAAAAUUCAACUCAAAUUAAAAAAUACCUGAGGCUUCUGAAAGCAGAUUUCUAGCAUCCAACAAGAUUACUGUACAUUUUUAAAAAUACACCGAGGAGUCAGCAACAGAACAGACAACUUGCAAAAUUUUAUACUAAGAACUUCAAAACACUAUUUUGGCACUCAACUACGUGUGCAACUGAGCUUACAGCUAGUUAAAUGCAAGAAUGGAGAAAGGCUUCAGUUGAAAUUCCUCCUCUCCAUUUGAAAUAUAAAUUUGGACAGCAAAAAAAAAAAAAGGAGCAAAAUGGGACACUGUCUGCUGAGACAGACAAUGAGGAAGCCAGCAGCAAGGGAGACUACAGCAGGCUUGAAGCAGUCUUUAAAGCAUUACAGUAUUAGGCCGUGCAUCCCUGUCUUUUCUUAGGGGCGCUGGAUAUUCCAGAGCUUUCAGGGAUUUCAUGCAGGAUUGGUAUUUGUUUCUGAAGCAGGGCGCAACCUCUUCAAGAGGGCACAGAGCUAUUCACACCAACAUGCCUCGGGUACAGGUCUUCACGAAUAAGGAAGGUGCACGAAUACAGGCGCUAGACAGCUAUGACUUACUUACCAACCAGUGGUUUUUCCUUUCCACACAAAGCACAGUUUUCUGUAUCAAUUUAAUAACCACGGGAUUCUAUCCUGCAAAAACAGCGUACUGAAAGUUUUGAGAUACAUUUUAAGACUUUUUUAAUGAAAACGAUAUAUCAAAUAAAGCUCCGUAUCAAGCUGCCUGGGUAGCCACAGUGCAUCUUGGGCAAACGUGCUGACAGUGGCCUUCAGCCUGGCGACACCCACAAGGGCAGAACCUUGCUCUGUGCUGCCGUUACCAAGAAGAGCUUAAUCUGCAUUCGUGUUUAAGCGAAGUUUAAAUUAAGGUAGAAGACAGAAGUAAUCUGGUGUCAGAUCAGAGCUGGAAUUUUAAACAACAUCCUCCUAACCUAUGAACAUGCAGGGUUUUUUUCCUGUUUUAUGUUACAAGCAUUAUAAUUUGGACAAACUGACAUAAACAUACCACUUUUGACUAUCAUUAGCAUUACGAAGAUUCUCAACGAGUCCAACAGUGCCAUUCACACACUGCUCUACCUGAAAGCAGUGGUUUUGUUAUGUAGAAAAAAAAGUAGUAAUUCCCCAUCACCAGAACAAACAGUUUAUAAUUUCUAAUAAUGCAAUGAAACUUACUCUAUGAUGAAAAUAUUUGACUGUGUAUAAUAUUUGGAACUACAAGUUUGUGUUACUUGUUUAACUCCCUCUCUUUUGCAAAAGAAAAACUGUAUGUUUUUUGUGGGUGAAUGUGUACUGAAAGACAGAAGGUAAGGGAAACAAAAGUAAUAUAUCUGCUUAUUGUUGUGAAAAAAAUGUAUUUGUAUUAAACAAAUGACCCAAAUUACUGUGGUAUUCUACAUUUGUCCCUGUCAUAUAGAGCAUCACAUGCUGAACAUGAAUUGCAAAACCACACUCUUGCAAGACAGGUGAAAAAUAUACUCAGCAGCAUACUUUUAUAUUGAUAAACCUGCUGGCUUGAAGGGGCUAGUUUUGGGUACACACCUUGGCAGAAUGCUCAGGAAAAUACCUCACAGAAGAAAAACACUUGAAAAGAACUACGGUUGUUUAACUUGCAGAAAGGAAGACUGUGAACAGGUUUCAGCUCCAUAAAGGACUCCCAGAAAGCAACUGGUUUUACAUCCAUAGCAAAACAGACAACUAGUACUGGGUUUCAAAUGCAGGAGGUUAAGAGGAAGAAAAUUUCCUAAGGAGAGCAGUGCUUUGGACUGAACUCUUUGUUAUAUGUGAUUGUGGAAUAGUCAACACUAAAAAGUUUUAAAGAUGGGUUGGACAAACAGUUAAAUGGUUUAAAGCUAAUCUCACCUUAGAUUGUCAGAAGGGAUCACAUUCCCUUUUAAAUUAUUUCAGACUUCUACUUGGUGAAAUUUUCUCCUUUUCCAAAAACCCUAAAGAUAAAUGCUUUUUUUAAUGAAAAGAAAUAUCACAUGUUUGCGUUAUAAAAGAAUCUGUGCACUUCAAGUCAGGUGUAAAACCAAAGAAAGUAUCCUAUCUUGAUAAAUAUGCAGUGUUCCAACCAAACUACAAAUUUAGUUUUCUAAAGAGGAUUGUAACCAUCUACCCUGUAUCUUUCUCCUAGAUUUGUCAGCUGGGGAGAGAGUGGGCUAAGUUUCAGAACCUCACGGUUCUAGCUGGAAUAAGUCAUCAUAAAGGCGGCGACUGCUAAGAAUAUACACUCAAAACACAGAAGUGUUCCAACAAAUUACAUUCCCUUCAUCCAAGGCCGACAGAUUGUUCAUUUUGUUAAAGCUGCCCUAACUAGCUCACCCGUGUAAUUCAAAGAUGGAUUCACAAAUCCCUACAAGAUAUAAUACAGAAGAAACAGCAUAACCGAAGAAAUUCUAGUAAUGAAGAUAUAAUCAUUUCCAUUCAAUAGCGUAUGAAAAAACAGAGCCAAAUUUGGUUUUAGAGUUAAGACGAUAGAGGUAUAGGUCACUAUGCCUUUUUGCUUUGCACACAGGAGUUCGAAUCUCUUGAUGGAGGGUACCAUUAGAACACAAACACGCAUUCCUGCUCAGUUUGCUCUCUGUAUAAACAUAAAAAAAGAAACAUGCUAGAUGGUAUUUACUCACACCUUCCCCCCAAUAAAAUAUUGAGGAUGUUCUGCAUGAGAUUGAACUAAAAGUAAAAAAAAUUGUCAGUUAAUGAAGAACUCACCAAAAAUACUUCGAAUGGUGUACCACAUUUCCACUGCCUAUGAUACAAUGCUCAGAAAAUAACCUCGGAUAAAUUUUACACCACGGUUGAGAACAGAACGAUUCCAGUCUGCUGGAGAGUGCAGGCCCUAGGACAAACUUGCCCUUCUAUUACUUGCAAAUACUUACGACUGAUACAAAAUGAAUUACAGAACCUUUUUUUUAAAAAAAAAAAAAAACCAGCUCAACAGUAAUAUAUAUGAAAAUACAAUAAUCAGCACUAUUCCAUAUAAAAUCCAAAGACAGGUCAUAGUAAU